UUGUUGAUAUCGCCGUGAACCUUCGGUAUUUUUGAUAUGUAUAUCAAACAAUAACAUGAACGUGCAAAUAUUUUCCAAUUCAGAACGGUAAAAUGAGUCAGUUACAGUCAAAUAACCAACCACCAAAUACUCCUAGUUUUAAAAUACCGGGAUAUGUACUGGACGACUUGUGUAGUCGCUUUAUCAUCAAUGUACCAGAAGAAGAAAGGCAAGAUUUGAUCAGAAUUUUCUUCCAAAUUGAGCUAGCUCAUUGGUUCUACCUUGAUUUCUACUGCGCUGAAAACCAUGAGCUGAAAACAUGUGGAAUUAAAGACUUUUCGUCACAAAUAUUUCACCACUGUCCGUCCCUCAGUGAACAUGUUGCUGAGGUGGACAAGAUACUCGGCAACUGGAAGUCAUACAAGAUGUCUGUACCCACAUACGGCGCCAUCAUGCUUGACCCGACCAGCAAAUAUUGCCUCCUUGUGCAGGGGUUUUGGGCGAAGGCGAGCUGGGGAUUUCCUAAAGGCAAAGUGAAUGAGAGUGAGACUCCGUGGGAAUGUGCCAUCAGAGAGGUGUUUGAGGAGACGGGGUUUGAUGUGGCUCAGCUGAUUGACCGGAAUGUGUACCUUGAGAACAAGAUGGCCGACCAGCUCACCCGCCUCUACAUCAUCAAGGAUGUUCCUCUAGACACGAAGUUCCAGCCAAAAACCAGGAAAGAAAUCAAAAGCCUUCAGUGGUUUCCCCUGGAUUCCCUGCCGGCCCACAAGCGGGACCUGGUCUCCAAGACCCAGCUUGGCCUCAACCCAAACACAUUCUUUAUGGUCAUACCCUUUGUCAAAGCCCUUAGGAAGUGGGUUGGCAGCAGGCAGAACCCCGGAUCAACCUCAGGAGCUUCAGGGCCACUGAGUGGCAAGCCCCCUUCAUCGGGCCGCCCACUAAGUGCAGGAGUAGGGAAUGACCAGUGGUCAAGCAAGGAGCAGGACAAUGUCGCCAACACAAACAGGCAGUUUCGGGAAAAACAGAAGCAGCGUCAGCAACAGUACUUCUCCCAACUCAACCAGAACGAGUACCAAGAGUUCAUGCAGUUCAAGGAUGCCAAGUCGCGUGCACGGGAUUCACGGGAACGGAAGAAGAAGGAGAAUUCAGAGGGGGACAGGUGGUCGCAGUCCCAGGGAUACAGCUCACCGGGUGGAUUCAAGUCAGAUAGGAAGCAACAGCAGCAAGCACAGCAGUAUCACAUACUUAACCGAGAUGGGAGUGUGGGAAAGCCGCGCCGCAGUCUCGCCACGCAGUUCGACAACCAGGGGUCUGGACAGAGCAGACAGUUACAGCAGCACCACCAAUCACAGCAGCAACACCAAACACAUCAGCAGCAACAACCGCAGCAGCAACAUCAACAGGGAACCAAGUAUGGAGGCAAAGGUGAAAGGCGACAUCGACGCAAUGAAAACACACAACCAUGUGAUAUUGAGAACUUUGUGCCCCAAGCAUGGGUAAACUUUAAAUUGGACGUGGAAUCUGUGUUGGCUUGUAUUAGCUAGUAACCGGGAUAUAUGAAUUUAAUGGCAGCAACAGAUCAAGAUCAUUUUCGUUUUUGUGCAGAAGACAGAACUUCUGAAGAUUUCAAUAAAUGUUAGAAACAGAAGACUGGUUUACAGUGUACUCAGUACAUCAGUGCAGAAGAGUCAGUCUCAUGUUUAUGCAAAACAUGUAUUCAAAGAGGAAACAUAUUGUUACAUACAUAGUAAAAACAUCCAUGAAGUACAUUAGUCAUGUCAUAUUUCUAUUCCACCACCACCAAGUGUGUAGGGAAUUACAGAAAUAAGAUCAGAUGCUGUUGAGUCUCACAGACAUUUAACAUACACACAGAAGCUCUAGAAACAGUUUUAAGAACAUACACAUGCUAUGUACAAGUUCAACACUACCUGUAAGACAACUGACAAUAUAAAUACAUAAGUAUAUGUGACAACAUUUAAACUGAUGGGAUGAGAUGUAUUGUGAAGUACUCUGCUCAGAAGAGGCCCCUUAUUGCCCAUCUGUUUGUAACAUAAGGAUAUUAUGUUGAAGGAUUUUAAUAAAAAAAUAUAUUUAAAAUUAUGUAUUCUAUUC